GGGAGGGGCUCCUUAAAGAAACGCUGCUGUCGCUCGCCUGCUCGCUUCUCGCUCGGCAUUGUGGCCAGCCAGCCGGGCACUCGGGGGGCACGCGCGCCUGCCGCUCGAGCUCUGCCCCCACCCCACCCGGCGGCAGAUCUGGGGUGGGGACCCAGGCGGGGGCUCCUGCAGCCACUGCCCGGCGCGGACCGCGCCGAGCGACCCACUCCUCCCGGCGCCGAGAAAGGAGCAGCGGAGCCCGCUGCAGCCGGCCGGCCUCCCCGCCCCUGACCACUCGCUUCCCGGCUGCCUUUGUGGCCGCAGCUUCUGGCCGCCGAGCCGAGGGCCGGCGGGGGCGCGGCGCGCACGGCCGAGCGAUGCCCAGCUCCCUGUUUGCAGACCUGGAGCGCAACGGCAGCGGCGGCGGAGGGGGAGGCGGCGGCGGCGGCGGCGGCGGCGGCGGCGGCGGGGGAGAGACCCUGGAUGACCAAAGAGCCCUGCAGCUCGCGCUCGAUCAGCUCUCCCUGCUGGGGCUGGACAGUGACGAGGGCGCCUCUCUGUACGACAGUGAGCCGCGCAAGAAGAGCGUGAACAUGACCGAGUGCGUGCCGGUGCCCAGCUCCGAGCACGUCGCCGAGAUCGUGGGGCGGCAAGGUUGUAAAAUUAAAGCGCUGCGGGCGAAGACCAAUACUUACAUCAAGACCCCGGUUCGCGGGGAGGAGCCUGUCUUUGUUGUGACGGGCAGGAAGGAGGAUGUGGCCAUGGCUCGGAGGGAGAUCAUCUCUGCCGCGGAGCACUUCUCCAUGAUCCGCGCCUCGCGGAAUAAGAACACGGCGCUCAACGGCGCAGUGCCCGGGCCGCCCAACCUGCCCGGACAGACCACCAUCCAGGUGCGGGUGCCCUAUCGCGUGGUGGGGCUCGUGGUGGGGCCCAAGGGCGCCACGAUCAAGCGCAUCCAACAACAGACGCACACGUACAUCGUGACGCCCAGCCGCGACAAGGAGCCGGUGUUCGAGGUGACCGGCAUGCCCGAGAACGUGGACCGAGCUCGCGAAGAGAUCGAGGCGCACAUCGCCCUGCGCACCGGCGGCAUCAUCGAGCUCACGGAUGAGAACGACUUCCACGCCAACGGCACGGACGUGGGCUUUGAGCUGCAUCACGGGUCCGGCGGGUCCGGCCCGGGCAGCCUCUGGAGCAAGCCCACCCCCAGCAUCACGCCCACCCCCGGCCGCAAGCCCUUCUCUAGCUACCGCAACGACAGCUCCAGCUCGCUUGGCAGCGCCUCCACGGACUCUUACUUCGGCGGGGGGACCAGCGGCAGCACAGCCGCCACCCCGCGCCUGGCGGACUACAGCCCCCCCAGCCCCGCGCUCAGCUUUGCCCACAACGGAAACAACAACAACAACGGCAACGGAUACACCUACGCGGCGGGGGAAGCUUCCGUGCCUUCCCCCGACGGCUGUCCCGAGCUGCAGCCCACCUUCGACCCGGCUCCCGCUCCGCCGCCUGGGGCGCCGCUGCUCUGGGCUCAGUUCGAGCGCCCCCCCGGAGGCGGACCCGCAGCGCCCGUGUCGUCUUCCUGCUCGUCCUCCGCGUCUUCGUCCGCCUCGUCGUCCUCGGUGGUCUUCCCCGGCGCCGGCGCGCCCUCCAGUGCCAACCUGGGGCUGCUGGGGCACCGCCGGCUGCACCCGGGCGCGAGCUGCCCGCGCCUGUCCCCGCCCUUGCACAUGGCGCCGGGGGCGGGCGAGCACCACCUGGCUCGCCGGGUGCGCAGCGACCCGGGCGGAGGCGGCCUGGCCUACGCCGCCUACGCCAACGGGCUGGGGGCGCAGCUGCCGGGCCUGCAGCCGUCCGACACCUCCGGCUCCUCGUCGUCGUCCAGCUCCUCGUCCAGCUCCUCGUCGUCGUCGUCGGGCUUGCGGCGGAAGGGCAGCCGCGACUGCUCCGUGUGCUUCGAGAGCGAAGUGAUCGCCGCGCUCGUGCCCUGCGGCCACAACCUCUUCUGCAUGGAGUGCGCCAACCGCAUCUGCGAGAAGAGCGAGCCCGAGUGCCCGGUCUGCCACACCGCGGUCACUCAGGCCAUCCGCAUCUUUUCCUGAAGGCAGCGCGCGCCUGCGCGCAGCCCGCGGGGCCAGGGAGGCCCCCUCCCCUCCGCUCCAGCCUCGGCCCCCCCGCCCCCCCCGCGGUCCCGCGCCCCACCUUCUCCUCCCCCACCCCUGCUCACACUCUGAGAUCCCGGAGGAGCUUGGAAAGCUGUAGUAUCCGCUCGUUUUGUUUUUUUUUUUAAAUUUAAAUUUUCAAACAAAGGAACUUGCCAGGAUACCUGCAUCAAGAGUACUGUAGCCUGGGAAACCCCCGAAACCACCCGAAAUGCAUGCUCUAUAAAUAAUAGGAACGGCGACAUUCUAGUAAUGAUAGGUUUUACACUGUACUUCAUAGGAAGCUUCCAAAAGAAGAAAACCCCACAAGUUUUCCAUUUUCUUAAAGUAGGAAAAAAAAAAAGAACAAUAAUUAUUAUGAUGAAGAUGAUAAUAAUAGUGCUUAUGGGAUGUGUGGACUGUUUUAGUGUGUUCCCCUUUGUGGCUGGGUUCCUACGAUGCUUAUUAUAGAACACAGUGGAUCCUUUUUGAAUGUUGUGGAAGGGCCAGGAUACUGCAGCUUUAUAAAAAGUUAAACUGUAACAUAUCUCUUAUAUAUUAAAAACGUUUAAAAGUUUUAAAGAGAAAUUGCAUUAAUACAGAUUGAAGUAUUUUAUUCUUUUUUGACUUGAAAAAUUAUAUUUCAUAUUGCAAAGAUGUUUACAAGUAUUUUAAUUUAAGUUCAGUGAACUUUUUUGUAGCUGGGUUAAAUCUUUUUAUUUUAGUAUGGCCUUAUGGCAAAGAACACUGUAUUAUUUUAAUAACCACACAAUCGUGACGGAAUUACAAAACCAUAAAAUGUGUAAUGUUUUGAACAGUAUUCUGUUGGGAUGGAGAUUUUAUAGGUUCAGACAAAUCUUCUAGAAAUGCUUCACCCAGCAUAUUUUCUAUCCAGUGAUAUAAAGCAUAUUUUAUUCUAUAUUAUUACAAAAAAAAAAACGGAAAUGUAUAAACAUGUCAAAAGGAACUGUUGAUGCUUUCUAACAUUUGUAUAAAUAGAAUUCAGUGCAAGCUACAAAAAUUCUGUUGGGCCACUAUAGUUUUAGUAUUUCUAUUUUAAUACAUUUGUUUACCACUUGUUUAUGUAUAUGUAGGUGACGUUACUUGAGCUUAAAUGUACUUUACUGAGCAAAGUUUAAAAAACAAAGUAUAUUUUAUUUUAUGAUAAAGGGCCUUUAACCUCAUGGUCAAAUACUAAUAUUAUAUUUGCUGAGACAAGAUUUGAAAUUGUAUCAAGAGUUUUAUUUUUCUGACAUUUAAAGUUCUACAUAAUAAAGGUAAAACUUAAGUAAUGGUGCUACUUCAUUUUUUAAGUAUUUCUAUAUAAA